AUGAAGUCAUACUCUCACAAUGACUACUCGAUCGCAUGGAUCUGUGCUCUGCCGUUGGAGAUGGCGGCUGCCAAGGCCAUGCUAGAUGAAACCCAUCCAGCCUUAUCGCAGUCCUCGAACGACCACAACGUGUACACCCUCGGAAGCAUCAGUGGACAUGCGGUGGUUCUUUCGUGCCUUCCAUACGGCGUAUACGGGACGACAUCUGCCGCUACCGUUCUGGCAGAAAUGCGGGCGACCUUCCCAUGCCUCCAGUUUGCUCUCAUGGUCGGUAUUGGUGGUGGGGUUCCAAGCAGCGCUGCCGAUGUCCGGCUUGGUGAUGUGGUGGUUAGCAAACCAACCGCCGCAUUUGGCGGUGUGGUACAGUACGACUACGGCAAAGCUACCAAUAACGCACGCUUUGAACGAGCCGGUACAUUGAACAAGCCGCCGGUGAUUCUGUUGAAUGCCAUGGCACAGAUUGAGAGCGAUCAUUUGCUUGAGGGGGAGACAAUCACCAAUAUUGUAGCAGAUGUGCUUGAGGGAAAAGAAGAGAUGAGGAAGAAAUUCUCUCGACCAGAGCACGACUGGCUUUUUAAGCCGAAUUAUCUGCACGAGACUUUCGACGGCAACAACACAGAGUGCUUAUCGUGUAAUCAAAAUCAGCUGGUGAAACGCGCCCCUCGACCAAAUGACGAUGUGCGCACUCACUACGGACUGAUUGCAUCGGGAAACGGUGUCAUGAAAGACGCACAUAAACGCGAUCUCAUUGCUCAAGAGCUUGAUAUCCUAUGCUUUGAGAUGGAAGCUGCUGGGCUGAUGGACCAACUUCCGUGCUUGGUAAUUCGUGGAAUCUGCGACUACUGCGAUUCCCAUAAGCACAAAAAGUGGCAGGGCUAUGCGUCCUUAACUGCUGCUGCAUAUACAAAGCACCUGUUGUCAGUUGUGCCCACCAGCAGCCGUCCUGCUCCAGUUGAAUCCGAGAAUCAAUCAUGGAUGGUCCCGUUUCAGCGAAAUCUAAAGUUUACAGGCCGUGGUGAGGUUAUCAAGAAGCUGGAAGAUUUUGUUUUCAGAGAAGACGGACCGAAGAAGUUUUCUGUUGUCGGAUUAGGUGGCAUGGGCAAGACUCAAGUCGCACUCGAGCUGGCUUACAGGGUACGAGAUAAAGAUCCCGACUGUUCAGUAUUCUGGAUCUCGGCGGUGAGUGAUUCCAGCAUUGAACAGGCGUAUAUGAGUAUUGCCCAAGAAUUGGACCUGAAAGAUGUCGACCCGGCAAACGUCAAGUCAAGAGUACGAUCACACCUGGGUCGUCGAGAGAUGGGCAAGUGGCUUAUCAUAUACGAUAAUGCAGAUGAUCCUGAUAUGUGGUUAUCUGAGGAUGACACCCCAACUGAAUUGAAGGAUCUAAUUCCAGACAGUGACCAAGGCCGGGUUCUGUUUACCACCAGGAACCGCCAACUUGCAAUAAGAUUAGCGCCAUCCAAUGUUUUUUCCAUCACGGAAAUGGAUGUAGAUACGGCGACGGAAGUUCUUCGGAAAUCACUCAUUCAAAAAGACCUUCUGGAUGAUCUUGAUGUCACGACGACCCUGCUCAAACAGCUUACUUUCCUGCCACUUGCCAUCAACCAGGCAGCCACAUACAUCAACAAUACUGGUAUUCAGCUGUCUGACUAUUUGGCCCUGUUGCAGGAGCAAGAACAAGAUGUCGUAGAACUUUUGAGUGAGAACUUCGAAAGUGAAGGACGAUAUCUGGAAAUCCAAAACCCAGUCGCGAUGACAUGGUUAAUCUCUUUUCAACAUAUUCAGCGACGAGAUUCGUUGGCGAUAGAAUAUCUGUCGUUCAUGGCUUGUAUUAAUCCUCGCAAUAUCCCGCGAUCGCUCCUCCUUCCAGCGUCGUCUCUCAAAAGGCAGACGGACGCACUUGGUUUGCUUAGUGCGUAUUCUUUCAUCACAACACAAAAGGAUCGUUCGUUCAGUUUACAUCGACUUGUCCAUCUUGCCACUCGCAAUUGGUUGAGACAGCAUGAGUUGCUGCGGCCGUGGCUUAAAAAAGCAGCGCAUCGUUUGGACGAUGUCUUUCCUAACAGUCAGUAUACCAAUCGGCCUCUGUGGCGACUAUAUAUGCCUCAUGCUCUCUACCUUAUUAAAGAAGGCGAGGGCGUAGCUACCCGAAAGACAUACGCUAGUCUUCUUCAAAGAAUCGGGCGGUGUCUGCAUAAAGAUGGGCGGUAUAACGAAGCGGAAGGACUGCUACGUACUGUCGUGGAUAUCCAAGAAGCCAAGUAUGGUUCGGCGGAUGUUCUUACAUUAGUUGCCAUGGGGCACCUCGCAUCGACAUAUCGCAAACAAGGACGAUGGAAGAAGGCAGAAAAGUUAGAACUAAAGAUCCUGGAAACCAGCAUGAAAGAGUUAGGACCGGAGCACCGAAACACUUUGGACAGUAUGCACCACUUGACAUUGAUAUACUCGAAACAGCGCCGAUGGAAGGAGGCCGAAGAGCUCGAGAUGGAAGUGGUAGAAAUCAGCACGAGGGUACUGGGCGAGGAGCAUCCAGAUACACUGAAUAGUCUGUUCAAUCUCGCAUCACUAUACUGGGAACAGGGUCGGCUCGAAGAGGCUGAAGAACUUGAGGCGCGAUUGUUGGAGCUGAGUCGGAAGGUGAUUGGGGUUGAUCAUCCAGAUACGUUGAUGAAUAUGCACAAUCUGGCAUUUACAUGGUACGACAUGGGCCGAUACGAAGAAGCUUUUAAAAUGAUGGGAGACUGUAUUCAGCUUCGCAUUGAUACCCUGGGACCAGAACAUGCGGAUACCGAGUCUGCCGUACAAGCAUUAAACGGCUGGCGCGAGAAGGAGAACGAACCGUCUAGCCAUCGCAAGACACGACGUGCUCACGAGUCGUCGAAGUCGUCAAUAACAUCGAAGUUGACGUCAAAGUCAACGAUGAAGUCAGAGACGACCCCAUCUUUGUCAAAGACGCGAACACACAAGAGCGUCGGUUCUAAGACUUCGUCGCAAUCGUCACAAUCUAGCAGGCACCGGAAACUGGAAGGCGUGAAGAAGUUAUUUCGUAAUUUUUGA